UCCACCAUGCCUGAAGUUAAAGACCUUUCGGAAGCCUUGCCAGAGAUGUCGAUGGACCCCAUCACGGGAGUCGGGGUGGUGGCUUCCCGGAACCGAGCCCCAACGGGCUAUGAUGUAGUCGCACAGACGGCAGAUGGUGUGGACGCUGACCUCUGGAAAGACGGCCUAUUCAAGUCCAAGGUCACCAGAUACCUGUGUUUCACGAGAUCAUUUUCCAAAGAAAAUAGUCAUUUGGGGAAUGUGUUAGUGGACAUGAAGCUUAUUGACAUCAAGGACACGCUGCCCGUGGGCUUCAUCCCCAUCCAGGAGACGGUGGACACACAGGAGGUGGCUUUUAGGAAGAAAAGGCUGUGCAUUAAGUUCAUCCCCCGGGACUCAACUGAAGCCGCCAUCUGUGACAUUCGGAUCAUGGGCCGGACCAAGCAGGCACCGCCUCAGUACACGUUCAUUGGGGAACUGAACAGCAUGGGGAUCUGGUACCGAAUGGGCAGAGUACCAAGAAAUCACGACUCGUCUCAGCCCACAACCCCGUCGCAGUCAUCAGCUGCUUCCACCCCGGCCCCUAACCUUCCCAGGCACAUCUCUCUGACACUCCCUGCCACCUUCCGAGGCAGGAACAGCACCCGGACAGACUACGAGUACCAGCACUCCAAUCUGUAUGCCAUAUCAGCAAUGGAUGGUGUGCCUUUUAUGAUUUCAGAGAAGUUCUCGUGUGUUCCAGAAAGUAUGCAGCCCUUUGAUCUCUUGGGCAUCACCAUCAAAUCUCUAGCAGAGAUUGAAAAGGAGUAUGAGUACAGCUUCCGCACAGAGCAGAGCGCUGCCGCCAGGCUCCCGCCCAGCCCCACCCGGUGCCAGCAGAUCCCUCAGUCCUGAGGCGCCAGCGGCCUCCUUGGGCAGAAGACGCCUCCACCCGGUGCCCACACUACUGACGCACGGCUGGGGCUGUGGGCCGUGCCCCCGCCCACCCUCCCGCCGCUCUUCCCGCCUGCCAGCCCCCUCCCACGUUGGCCACGCCCCUGGGCAGCUGAGCGUCACAUGCGGUCAUCAGCCUGCCUGAUGGGACCCCCUAGCGUUCCUGGGGAUGUUGUUCGUAACCACAACUAAUCUGUGUAUGCCGUAGCAACCCACAGCUCCUCGCGGUCUGUGUGACGAGUCGCGCUGCAAAACUCCCACCCAUCACUCCCAAGGUUCCCUGUGACACCCACUGGCUCCCCUCCUCCUGACUGCCACCUCCAUGGCAGCCCCACAAAGCCAUUCUCUCCCUCCUGGAAGACCCUUGGCUUGGCUGCCUCCCAUGGGACCUCCUUGGACCAAGCGUUUCCAGGGCACAAGUCCCUCUCACUAACAGGGUCAGGGCCCAGCAUCUCACCACAGCCCUGCAGGCCAGGACCCAAUCCUGCCCACCUGUGGACCCCUGUGGCAUCUUCACCUGGCCCACACACUGGACAUCCAGGGCUGGACAAGUGCCAGCCCCUGCCACCACCCCCAGAGGGACCUCACUUUCUGGAGAGACAGCUGUGUGACCCAGCGAAAUCCUGGAUAAGCGCGGCUGCCCAGGCACCAGGCAUAUACAUACCCCCUCUGCCAAGGGCUCCUCCGCAGAACACCCGUGUGCCAGCCACAGCUCCACCUGCCUCUGCCAGUGCCCUGACCCAGUGACCACAGGACAUGCCCUGAGUGUUCCCAUCCCUGGAGGGUCAUGGGCUCCCGGCUGCCUACAGAGCCACAGCAUCUGCCAACAGCACCAAGUUGCUCCAGAAAGCCCUGUGCCCUGCACCACCGGGCUCGGGCCAACACCAGUGUUUCCCUCGGAGGUGCCUGUGCAGCCCAUGCCCAACUGCCAGGAGACCAGGCUCACUGCCCUCUUUGGGGCCUGACCUCACCCAUGGGCUGCUUUACUCAGACUAGCUGUCAGGGUUCGUCUGGGCUCCUCAGGAAGUGGGUGUCUAACAUCUCUAGGUCCCCACAGGGGGCUGUGGGCAUAGGGACUUCCAGAAUGAUCAGAGACUGGGGUAUGGUGAAGACCCCUGGCUGUCGCUCCAUAGAUGUACCCAGGGCACCCAAGAAACAGUGGCCGGUGGUGCUGGCCAGGAGCUGGGCAGGGCCCAAAUACCUCAUGCACCAGUGUCAGGCCCACUGUCCCUAGGGCCCCUCUGCCACCACCAGCCUUCAUCUUCAUUUAGUACCUCCUCAUUUCUGGGUGUUGGGACAUGGUCGCUUGAUCCCCUUCCACAAGACCUGCCUAGGCUACCACCAUGGAGGGCCAUCCCAUGCCACCAAGCACUCAGCUCACCUGCCAGUGCCCAGAGGCCCAGGGGACCCAUCUCAGGGCUGGUGCUUAACAGGACAGAGCAGACAAGCCCAGCCCAGCAUCACUGCUAGAUAAGCUAGCUGUGUUCCGGGGGCACCGGGGCACCUAGAACCUGUGUCUACUGCUGAUUUUGUGGAGGCUGACCCCAAGCCAGGUGCAACUGGCGGCCCAGCGGAGAGGGGUGAUGGCCAGCAGGCUGGGGAAAGUGGGAAGGCUGGGAGCAGAGCUUUGGGCUCUCCUGCCCUCUUCUCUUGGUUUGUGCACUUUGUCCUCAACCUCUUUCCUUGUCCUUGAGUCCCCAGAUGGAAAGCAGAGUCUCACGGCCCAGGGAGGCUCAGAGGUGGUGGCAUGGGAUCCCUUGUCCGAGAUCAGAAGGCAAAGCGAGAGUGGCAGCAGGAGACAGGAAGGGGCACCCGGAGGCCCCAUCGACGCUGGCCCAGAGCCCCCAGGAAAAGCACAUACUCCAGUGAGCUGGAGGGGCUUCUGUGGUGUUGUAGCCUUAGCUAAGGGCAACCUCAACUGUGACUGUUGCGCUCAUGACAGCUUAAGCUAGCUAGGCCGGGACAGCGUUAAGGAUGUCUCAGUGUCUGCGGUGAUUUUAGCUGCUCCCAACUCUCUGUGUCUUGCCUUCUGAGAGGCAAGGGAGGAUGAGCGAGCCAAGCACUCAUGUGUGGGUUCAGGCAGGCCACAGAGCCAGGGUGGGGCUCGGGCCCACAUCUAGGAGCCCGCAGCCUUUCAGGUCCCAGGGGAGUCCUUUCUCCACCACCCCUCUGGCCACCAUGGAAGAGAAGCACAAGGAUUCUGUUGGAAAUGUGAAGGGCCACAGCCUCUGCCCUGGGUCCCCUCUGGUUUGUCCCCCAGCUGUUGCUGUCCCGGCUCAGCACCCACUGUUCUCCUGAAAAAACUAACCAGAGCACAGCCUCCCCACCCUUCCCCUUGAAAACUCCAUUUCCUUCAGAGGGCCUUGGAAGUGGUGCAAGGUGGCAGGGAGUCAUGGGGUCUUCCGGGUCCACUUGGCAAAUUUCAUCGUCAGGCCUUGUUCCCCACCCUGAAUCCAAGAAUAAUGCCAGCCACACCCUCUGCCACUUGGAGAGAUGGAAACCUGGCCUCGGUGAAGAAAAAAUGGGUUCGACCCACACCUGGCCCUGUGGCUGCCUGUGGCCGCACUCUGCACAACCACAAGCUGCGGCCACUGCUGUGGCCCCUGGAGAAGGCAAUGGGGGACCCAAGGACACACGCUGGCUGACACCUCUCCCCGCCGAGCAGUCUAAGCACAUUUCUCCUGCGGUUCCCCCUAAAAGCACCUGGCACCAGAUGUCCUGUCCCACUCCUUACCGAUGAGGGACCUGAGAUGGGCAUGUGGGCACAGGCUGGCAGGCUGCAGAGGGGGUCUGGCCCCAUGGCCCGUGGGGCCAGCAUCUUCUUGUAAGCACAAGCUCAGGCGGUCACUGCUCCCAAGCCCAUGAUGGACUUCCGGCUGCCACCGCAACUGCGGUCCCCUCAUCACACUGUGCAGUGGGCAUGGCGUGCAGGUCAGGAUCCCCCUCCCUGCUCUUCCAUAUAGCCAAGGGCUUGCAGGCUGCUGGCUGUCCUGUCAUUUGCCACACGUGGGAACACCCAACCUGAGGCUGCUAAGAGCCAUGUGAAAACAGCGCUCAUUGAUCGGUUCGUGGUCUGCCUGACCUGAGGCCGGGCCCUGCCCACGCCCAAGCCUGUCUGGGGCAGCCUGGCACCUCGGGCAGCUGACUUUCUUCAUCUGUUCCAGGCGCAGGCCUGGGGGCUGCUGCAGCCUUCUCCACUGGAGAUGGGGCUUUGUCCUCCUGGCAGAGGGUCCGCAAGCUCUGUGCUCUGUGCCAGCUCCAGACAGGGCCUUAGGAAGGCCUCUUUACUGCAUAUUUAUUCAAGGUGACUCUGUACUUGGCAAAGGGAAGAUUCACUGUGUGAUUGUCUGUAUUCUUAAUAUAAUUUGUUAAAUAAACGUUUGUU